UAACAAGUUUGAUUCUAAAGUGCGUAAAAAGUGUUAAAAACUGUAACACAAAAUGGACAAUGACCAAGUUACUGUAACUCUGUGACAGUGAAAUGUUACAAAAAUAGUCGUUAACUGUGGUGAAAAGUUAAAAAAAUAGUUGUAAACUGUAGUGAAAUGUUACAAAAAUAGUUGUUAAUAGUGGUGAAAUGUUACAAAAAUAGUUGAUAAUAGUGGUGAAAUGUUACAAAAAUAGUUAUUGUGUUACAAAAUGAGUGAUGAGCCGUCCAAGUAUAGCAGUCAGAGCUUGCCUCGUCUGAGGAGGAAAGAAACAUGGAGGAGGAAGAAGCUGGACACAUGGUUCGGGCGUCCGAAGAAAGCGGGCGGCGGCCCCGAGCGCGGUUACGAUACGGUACCGCGCGCCGAGCACCGCGGCGAAGAAGACGAGGCCUCCGCCACUGCUGAGUAUAGGAGCAAGCUGGACGCGCUGGAUGAUGCACAGCUGCAGAGGAGGUUCGAGGAGAUGCUCUCCGACAUGAACCUCAGUGAAGAGAAGAAGGCCCCUCUCCGGAAGUACUCCAACGCGCAGAAGAAGCAGAUGCUUUUCGCGUACAAAUUCGUCAAUGCUCAGGCGGGGCGUUCCAAGCUGGAAAAGCCUUCAGACUACGUCCAGUACCUCAGCCAGCCAGAACUAUCCGUGGGGAAACUGCACGGAUGCCUGGAGAACCUGAGGAUAGCUCUCACGAACAAUCCUCUAUCCUGGAUUGAGGAGUUCGGGACCAAAGGCAUUGAGACGCUGCUUACUACCCUCAACCUGUGUUACACCAACGAUUCCCGCUACGACCGAGUCCAGUACGAAUGCAUACGAUGUCUGUCCGCUAUCCUGAACAACACGGUGGGAAUCCGGACCGUCUUCGAGUGUCGGGAGGCUCUACCAGUGUUAGCUAGAAGUCUGGACGCGAGGAAACCUCACUGCGCCAUGGAGGCUGCUAAGGUGUUGGCAGCCAUUUGUCUGAUUCCCAACGGUCACGAGAAAGUUCUAGAAGCGAUCACGAUGGCGGGAGAGUCUAGCAGGAAGCCUCGAAUGUUGCCCAUCGUUGAGGGACUGGAUACUAAAGCGCCGGAGAGCUUGAAGAACGGCUGCAUGCAACUGAUAAACGCCAUCAUCACGGAGCCCGAAGAGUUGGAAUUCAGGUUACAUUUGAGGAGCGAAUUCAUGAGGACCGGACUCUAUGAUAUAUUGGACGAAUUACGCGCGGGCGCGGAAGGCUCGCGUCAGAUCCAGAUGCACGUGUUUGACACGCAUGCUGCUGCAGACCAGGACGAAUUCCUGGCCAAGUUCGAUGACGUCAGAGUGGAUUUCAACGAUGCGAACGAGUGUUUCGAGUUGGUGAAAAAUCUAGCGAUGGACACGCCAGCGGAGCCCUACCUGCUAUCAAUACUACAGCAUUUAUUGUUCAUAAGGGACGAUGAGCUUAUAAGGCCGGCGUACUACAAACUCAUAGAAGAAUGCGUAACCCAGAUAGUUCUUCACAAGAACGGCUACGACCCAGACUUCAGGGCGACGCAACGGUUCAAUAUCGACGUGCAACCGCUCAUCGAUGGGUUAAUAGAAAAAUCUCGGGCAGAAGAAGAAAGAAAAGUGGAAGAAUUGAAGACCAAACUAGAAGCGGCGAUCGCGGCCCGGCAAGAGGCUGAAGCGAGGGCCUUACAUCUAGAAGACAGGCUCAAACAGGCCGCCAGUCCCACGGGGCCUGGUGGCGUCACGCAGGGAAAUAUCGCCGCUAUUGCUAAGGUGAUAGGCAGCCCCGGAGGCCCCGCCCCUCCGCCACCCCCACCGAUGCCCGGAGGAGGCCCGCCUCCGCCGCCGCCGCCUCCGAUGCCAUCAGGCGGAGGCCCGCCGCCGCCGCCGCCGCCUCCCAUGCCCGGCGGGCCGCCGCCGCCCCCACCGCCGCCGGGUUGCGGCCCGCCGCCGCCGCCGCCGCCCCCCAUGAUGGGCGGGCCGCGACCGCCGCCGCCGCCGAUGAUGGGCGGCCCGGCGAUGCCGAGGAUGCCCCAACCAGACGUGCUGCCAUACGGGCUAAAGCCCAAAAAGAAGUGGGAGGUCGAGGGACCUCUCAAGAGGGCCAACUGGAAGACCAUAGUGCCUCAGAAGAUGUCGGAAAAGGCUUUUUGGGUCAACGUGCAAGAGGAUAAACUUGCUUCGCCGGACAUACUCUCUGGGCUAGCGUUAAAAUUCUCAAGUAAACCAGUGGCCAAGAAGAACGAAGAUGCUGUUGAUAAGGUCCACACUCUCAAGAAGGUGAAAGACCUGAAGGUCCUGGACAGCAAGGCGGCUCAGAAUCUGUCCAUCUUGCUGGGUGGUUCCUUGAAGCAUCUGCCCUACGAGCGUAUAAGAACAGCUGUGUUGCAGUGCGACAAUACUGUGCUGACGGCUGACGUUUUGGAUUUACUCGUGCAGUACCUCCCCCCAGCGGACCAAAUGAAGAAACUGGCAGAGCUUAAAGACAAAUGCUCCGAGCUGGUCGAAGCUGAGCAGUUUGCCGCUACAGUAGCUGAUAUCAAACGUCUGGCGCCGCGGUUACGAAGUCUCGCGUUCCGAGAGCACUACGCAGAAACUAUUGCUGAAGUUAAGCCGGACAUAGUCUCGGGAACCGCCGCGUGCGAGGAGGUCAAGUCCAGCAAGAAGUUCGCCAAGAUCUUAGAACUGCUGCUGCUGUUAGGGAACUACAUGAACACCGGCUCCAACAACGCUGGCGCGUAUGGGUUCGAGAUCAGCUUCUUGACUAAGUUAACAUCAACGAAAGAUCUAGAAAACAAGCAGACGUUACUGCACUACCUAGUAGAGACGAUAGAAAACAAGUUCCCCGACGCGCUGACCUUCGCCGAAGAGAUGCCACACAUCGACAGAGCGGCGCGCGUUUCCAUGGAGAAUCUCCAGAAAUCUCUCAAGAAAAUGGAGAAUGACAUCAGGGCUCUUGAGACGGAUCUCAAUAACUCACGGGUGCCGCAGUGUCCGGACGACCUGUUCCAUGAGAAGAUGACUCCAUUCGCCAAAGAGGCGCGCUCUCAGUGCGACCUCCUUCAUUCCAUGUGCCGCAAGAUGGAGGCACUUUACAAGGAACUAGCAGAGUACUUCGUGUUUGACCCUCAGAAGUACGCUUUGGAGGAAUUCUUCGCUGAUGUCAAGACGUUCAAGGACUCUUUCACGACCGCCCACCAAGAGAACGUUCUUAUCCGGGAAACGGAAGAACGCGCGCGCAGGGCACGCGAGGCGCGCGCCGCGGCUGAAAGGGAGAGGCGCGACAGACAGCAUCGGUACAAGCAGUUUGUGGAUAUGGACCAAGCGCAAGAGGGCGUUAUGGACAGUUUGAUGGAAGCGCUACAGAGCGGAUCUGCGUUUAGCAGAGAACGGCCGAGGAAGAAAGCAAACCCGAGGGUAGCUGGAGCUGAAAGAAGAGCACAGCUGAGUCGGUCCCGCUCCCGGUCCGGACUCACCGGUCCUAUGACCGCGAGGGAACUAACGAAUGAACUCCUCGGAAACGCGUGACGAACGAAGCUCAUAUCAAGUGAUACUAGUAAAUAGUGAAUAUAUAGCACGUAGUUUGUAGGUACAUAACAAAAAGACAUAACCGACUCACACUUAACAUUGUAUCUUCAACUUUAAUAGUCCGCGUCAAUAGAAACUGGCGAUUUCUUAUGUUUUUGGGAGUUGGAGGUAAGAUAAAAAAGGCGAAAGAUUUAUACCAGAGUAGAUGCCGUAUGGUGACGGCAGAGUAGAAUACAUUUGUCACCAACCCCUACUCUUCCCGUGGGUGUCGUAAGAGGCGACUUAGGGACUACACAUCAAACAGAGAACGGGCAGCAGCGCUCUCUAAAAAAAAAAACAUCAAUCUUUUAAACUGCGAUCUCCAACCCGCCUGCCAAGCGUGGGGAUUAUGGCAAAACCCUCCACUAUAGUGGAGGAGGCUCAUAGUCCAGUAGUGGACUGUAAAGGGCUGUUGUUGAUGAUGAUGAUGAGGUAAGAUAGCCAGUUCCUCUGUGGUUGAGGAUACCGAGUGAAGCUCGCUUCCACCUUCGGCCUGAUCGUCACUUACCAUCAGGUUAGAUCCAGGCAAAGGGUUUCCCCGUUGUAGCUAAAUAUGCCCAAUAACCGCCUCUGUGGUCUAGUGGUAAGACCACCUGCUUCAGACGCAGAGGUCCCGGGUUCGUUUCCCAGUGGGGGCAGAUUUUUCUGUUCGGUUUGGUUGGUGGUAGGGCUUGUUCUAAGUCCGCGUGGCUAGCUACCACCAUCUUACCUAAGUCUGUCGCCAUAUCAACAAUGUUAACAGCAUUGUUGUGUUCCUGCAGUUAGAGGUAAGAUAGCCAGUUCCUCUGUGAUUGAGGAUACUGAGUGAAGCUCGCUUCCACCUUCGGCCUGAUCCAUCCAUCAGGUUAAAUCCAGGAUUAACAUUGACACCGGGAACUGUCUUCUUCUGUAUAAACCUAAAUUUUUAAAUAACUUAAAAAAAUCGAACCCACGACCUUACGCUUGCCGGGCGUUGUGGAAAUCCUUGGGAGGCCUUUGUCCAGCAGUGGACGUCUUUCGGCUGAAACGAACGAAGUCCUGUUUCCACUUCGUGAUAAGACCCCCUUUAUAAUUUACCAGAGGCAAAUGGAGGAUUUGUCCGCCUGAUGUUCGUAUAUUUGUCCCUUAGUCGCCUCUUACGACAUACCUGUGUAAAGUUCUAUGUCAAUUUAAGAAAUUGUCAGUUUCUAUUACCAUGGACAGUGCGAAUGAUCGCCACAAUACAAUUUUGAACCAUAAACAUAUGUUAAAGUCGAAAAUAAUUAAAACCUCUCCUGUAAAAAAAUACUUACAGCCAUAUUGGAUUAUGAAGGUGCUAUCCUUCUCUAAUCCUUGAAGUAUUAAAGAGAUAGAAAUACAAAUGUAGAUUUAAGUUAUAGUCCAGUUUUUCAUUUGGUCUAUUGGCUGAAUUUUAUGUAAAAAGUCACUUUUUAAAAGCGCUUUU